AUGACAGGAUUAGCCUCUCUGCCCCGGUAUAGCGCAGACGACUUUGAUACAGCCUCAGUUCACUCUGCAGCUCCCUCUUAUGUCUCAGAGGUACCUUCAUACCGCUCUAGGACGACGCAUAGCGAAGCUCUUCCAUCAUAUGCGGCCGCAGUGGCAGGGACGACAUCACGGAGAGACGCCUCCAGAACACAAAAUGAUCUGCCCGGGAGGCAGACUAUUGGACUACCGCCGCUUCCGCCGCUUGCUUCACCAAGUGCCUUAAACACUCACAAUUACCGGAUCCCUACGUGGUCGGCCAAUAACGCACCGGCGGCCCGCCACUACCGCAAUGUAGCAGAGAGGCGGGCUACAGACAGAUGGCUUCAGGCUGCAGCUGCGGAAUUGAUGGUUGUCAUGCGAGACUCUGCGAUAACUCGGCAAAAUGAUAGUAGAGAGACCCCUCUUCGCCCAUUAGAAGAUCCCUACUUGGUCGGUGAGCAAGCCGCUGCUGAAGCUCGCCGGCGAAGGAUUGCCAGCGAGGUUAAUGAGAGCAUGUUGAGAGAAGAGGAUAAGCAGUGGGACUGGAUGUUGGCCCAGAUGAAGACACGGGAAGAAAGAGAUAGACCUUCGACUCGAUUUCGACAAGAGGCAGCUCAAAAUCGACAGAGAACGUUAUUAGGGCGGAUCGGUGGACGGCUACCACGAUGA